CAACUUUAUCUUACAACUUUACCUUGCAGUAAAAUUAACAGAUCUGCCAGUUUUGAGACUUGCUCCAAUGCAGGGCAAGGGCUAAUAGAGUUUGGUAAAUGUCAACGAAAUUUGGCAAGACUAAAAAUUGUAAAAUUGUAAGUGGAAUUGAUGACGGUAUUUUUUGCAAUAUAAACAAAAUUCGAUUAGUGCGGAUGGGUCCUAACAUUUAUCGUUCGCUGUUUGAACAGAAUUAAUAAACAGCGAGUAAGGGCAUUGAGGUGUCCUCCACGUGUUUGUCAAGCAAGUUCACAGCUUUAGUCCUGCUGUGGUUUAAAGAAUGGAACUCGGCCCCCUGGAGCUCGGCAGGCACUUGCUUCUUUUGGGGAUAAUAGUGUUUACAACAAAUGCUUCCAAGGUUGUUGAUGUACGUGGUAAAACUCUCAGCCGAGACACAGAUAAAGGAAUGGCUUACGCCAGAUUUAAGGCUCACAAAUUCUCCCUCCUCAACAUCACCAACAUUGGUUCGGAUUAUGUUCUCAAAGGUAGCGAGUGUGGGCUUGCUUGUGUUAACAUGCCGUCAUGUUUCUCCUUUAACCUGGCUUCAUUCUCCGAUAUCGUCAACGGGAAAAUCUUAUGUGAGCUGCUCCCAUCCGACAGAUACAACAACUCCGCAAAACACGUUGGCAGCAAGUUAUUUCAGCAUUAUAGCAUCCUGUCUCCAUGUAUCAGCUGGCCUUGUCAGAACAAUGGAACUUGUGUUGCACUUUACGAGAAGAACAGCUAUAUGUGCGUAUGUGCCAAGGGAUUUACAGGGAAAUAUUGUGAAACAGGUAUGGAACGGGUACUAGCACCUCAUUUCUUGUGAUCGAAAACAAUCAGAUUAUAUAUCUGUCCGAUGUUCCAAAAACAUGCCCACAGAUUUGAACCCCUCCAUUCAUGU